UCAUUCUUGUGGGUCUAGACAAAGUAGAAAAGGUACUAAAACCCAAAAAGAACUACUUUCCUAGGGACCAUUUCAGAAACUUCCAGAAUUGAUAUAGUGCCACCGCCAUUAGUCUUUUAAAUCUAUGGUGGAACAGAUAAGCCAUUACAGAAGGCCACUAGCCUGAAAUUGAGUUGCAGAAAUCAUGUCGAUUGUACCAGUGUAUGCAAGAAGCGGCGAAAAUACAGACAUACAACCCUGGGGCAGCGAUCCUCUGGGGCACGGGUGGAGCUCAUGGAACUCUUUCUGCCCUUUCCGCCAUGGAAGAUGGAUGGAGCCUUCGGAGGCCUUCCCACAGUGGGAUCACAGUGCCUCUUCCCUCUUUUCAAAGGACGCCCACGCCAUGGCCAAUACGCAUAUCGAUUGGUGGGAAAGCGCCGAUGCCCACAUCAUUGAGGCCGACCUCCCUGGCGUGAGCAAGGAUGAGGUGGAAGUACUGGUGGAGAAUGGGAGCGUUUUGCAGAUUAGUGGGCGGAGCAGGAACAGAGCAACGCCUCCUGGCGGAGAAUUUAGGUGCCGCAGGGGUGAGCGGUGUAAGGUUGGUUAUUUAAAGAGGAUUCGAAUUCCUCAUGACGCCAAUACGCAUCAACUCAAGGCAGAGCUUGAAAAUGGGGUCCUUACUGUUACAAUUCCCAAGUUUUCAUCUUCUGAUGAAGUUAGGAUUGUAGAGAUUCAAGAAUGAAUGAUCUGGCUUGAAAGUCUUGGGCUUUACAUGAAGUUGUAUAUAUAUGCAAUGAUUCUGCCAUAGCAGGGAUUGAAAUAAAAUCUAGUGCUAUUUGUUAUAA